UUCUGUGAAUUUCAGGUUCUAUACCUUAAUAAUUUAUCAUAAAUUCAUGGCUAGGCAUAGAACAAGAAAAGAAAUGAUAUCGGCGAAGAAGCAGUUUGGAUCUUUUGACAACACCUCACCUCGAAGAUGGAAUAAAAUUGUUUUUGGUACUAUAUUUGGAAUAUCAACCUGCGCCAUUAUCAUGCUUUAUUUUGCAUUUUCAACGCCUAAUUUAGACAGGGUGGUUGAAAAGGAAGUAACUGGAGAAUGGCAUGAUCAGAAGCAUAUUUGGUCUUUACAACCAUUAAACGAUCAUCAACAUGAACUUGUGUGUAAUAGAGUUAAAAUUGAACGAUUGAAUCUAGAAUAUCUACGAAAUAUUUUGAUUGUACGAACUCCUGGGUCUGAAAAUAUUAUAAAAGUAAAACAAUUUUUAAUGACAACGAUGAAAUCCCUUGGUUGGACAGUAGAAGAAAAUAAAUUCAAAGAUUCCCCCCCGAAAAGUUUCUCAAAAAAGAAAAUUGAAUUUGCAAAUGUGAUUGCGACAUAUAAUCCUCGUGCACGUCGAAGACUAGUUCUAGCUUGUCACUAUGAUUCUAAAGUUACCCCGACUGGAUUUUUGGGGGCUACAGAUUCCGCAGUACCGUGUGCAAUGAUGAUUGAGAUUGCGAAAGUAUUAGCGGAAUAUCUAGCUCGCACUCCAAAGGACAUGGAUCUCACCUUACAAUAUUUAUUUCUCGACGGGGAGGAGGCAUUUGAAGAAUGGACAGAUAAAGAUUCUUUGUAUGGUUCAAGACAUCUGGCAGCUAAAUGGGAUAAACAAAAAUGGCCCCCAGGCCCUAAAGGAAAUAAAAAAGUUUUAGACUCCAUAGAUCUUUUUGUACUAUUGGAUCUUUUAGGUGAAAAGGACCCUUCUUUCGUAAGCAUGAGAAAUACUCACUCCAGGCAUUAUAAAGAGUUAAUAAGAAUAGAAGAAAAACUCCAUGUUAAAGAUGGGCUUCGUUAUUUUAAGCCUCAAAUAAAAAGUUGGUCCGUACAAGACGACCAUGUGCCAUUUUUAAAUAAAAAUGUACCUGUUUUGCAUAUUAUCCCGAGUCCGUUUCCAAAACAAUGGCAUAGAAUUGGUGACAAUGGCGAGAAUCUUCAUAAUGACACAAUUGCGCGUCUCACUAAAAUUUUUGGUGUUUUUGUUGCAGAGUAUCUACACCUUGAACCAAUCGCUUUUUGAAAUCAUAAUUGGACACAAAGUGACUCUAUGAAUCGUUUUGCCAAAUUCUUGUUAUUGCGACAUUUUUGGUGUGGAGAAAUUACCUUUUUUUUCAUGAUUAAUGAACUAAACAAUCUAUAUCUUUCAGUGGUUGAAAAUGGAGAUAGAUGCUUUUUGAAAGCAUAAAUGGACACAAAGUAUCCUCAUCGAAUCGUUUGUUGUUUGUUUAUUCUAGCAUUUGAUUCAUACUCAUAUUUUUAUAAUAUAAUCAAAAUCUCUGCAUGGCAAUGUUCACAAUCGCGCUUGAAAAUCUGUAUGGGUAAAAAAAAGUGUCUGGGCUGCAGUUUAAAUUUCAAUUGUUACAUCACUGGGAACUUCACGAUAAUACACCAUUGUUCAGAAAAACAAAGAAGUUGAUGCUCGAGGAAACAUCCCCUCUGCGGUAUUCUGACUUUUUUGGUGCCAAGAAAUUAUUUUUUUCCAUAAUUAAUGAACUAAUCUAUUUCUAUCUUUUUGUAGUUAAAGAUGUAAAUAGUCGCCAGAAGGAUUAAUUUUAUAUUUUCAAAUUUUCUCUGAAUCCCAGUAUUUCACCCAAAAUUUUUGCUGUUUUAUUUUAGUGUCAUUAUUUUAUAUGGUUCUUAAAGGUCACUCGAAGCAAGGAAAGAGUUGUUGUAAACAUAAAAUAAAUGAUUUAUCUGGAAAGUUUAUGAGGGCGCUAGUAUUUAAAUUUUGUUAAGCAGGUCACAAGAUAAUUGAAAUGACUUUAUUUCACUAUUUAGAAUUUUCAUCUCUAUACGAUUAGCGAUUACUUGAUACACAAUUUUUUAUAGGGUAAAGUCUUGAAAUUGCAAAGGGAAUUUAUUGAUACCAUAUAUUGUUUUGACCCUCACAGAUGUAUUAAAUGAAGUAAAAUGGUAAAGAUAUAUUGAAAACUGACUUCAUGAAAAAUUGAAAUUGUAAAGGGACUUUAUGGACACCCUGUAUCACCCUGUAUGUUUCUAUUGUGUUAAUUUUCACAUCUCUUGAAAUGAAGAUCAGAUGGUGACUGAGUGUCAACCAGAGAUAUUUAUGUUUUUUAACAAAGUUCAUUGAAUACCUCAUUUUGUAAUUAGUCUGUCAUAAAUCAUGUUAAAAUAUCAAAAUGAAAUUUUUUAAUUUAAAAUAAUUUAAAUCACAAUAUGUUUUGAUUUGUCAUUACACUGUGA